AAGCUUGGCUACGCCGACAACAACGGCCACGCCGACCACAAAGGCUACGCCGACAACAACGACUGCGAGCUCUCCUGUUGGUGCAAGACCGAUGACUAAUCGUGAAAGAAUGAGGCUUGACCGGAUGGAGUAUCAACGUCUUGGGUCCCGAACAGCAUCGAUUAAUGGUAGGCGUGACAGUGGCCCCUUUUACAGAGUGUCUUCUACAAACAGAGAUGAUGAACUUCGGAUACCAAGGCGUUCGGACUUUGAGACUAGACAAAGGGAGAGCGGUCUUGAGGUGGCCAACAACAACGAAGAUCGUCCGGAUUACGCUUCUGUGGACAUCCCUGUGUGGUCCAGAGAUGGCGAAACUAUUUCCAGUAUGAAUUUACCCAAAAUAUCACAGCAUGAAGAACUUGGUUUUAGGUUAUUCCAAGAAGGAACGAACAGCCCAAACCCGACACGAACAUACUCCAAAGAUGAUCCGCAGAGUGAAACACCGGAUGACAACAUCAGAUCUGACUAUAGGGAAUCUUUUGCGGAAUACAGUGAAUUUGUGUCCGCAGACUAUGAUGAAAUUGAAGACAAAAUUUGGGAUUAUCACUUUAAUCCCGAUGAUGGUGCAGAUGCAAUUUAUGAUACCGGGGUUUCUGUGGAUACGUGGGGAGAAGCAAAAUCAACCAAGAGUAAACGAGAUCGGAGCAUUAUAGACGCAAUGAAUCGUCGUCUUGUAAAACAGAAGGACUCUAUGUCGGCAUCAGUUACUUCAGAGAGGAUUAUGCCUGAACUUGGUAUGCCUCAAACUGAACAAGCAUUUCGAGCUCUGCAGCAGGAUAUCAUCAACGAAGAGCGAAACGAACCAGAAAGCCAAGAAGACAUCACUCCGCGCUAUUCUGCAGAGUCCCCAGAUGUCCGUCCGAACGUACCACGGAUCAAUCAGGGUUUCCGGUCAUCUACUGAUAACGAACGGUAUGGUCGUUCAAAUUAUUUAAGAAGUGCUAUAGGUCACAAGGUUGCGCGGGCCAGAGCGUCGAGAUCGGCGAAAGAAGAAAGUGACUUUGAAACGUCAGCAUCGGAACCAAUAGAGUACAGUUACGACCCAUCAAGUGAUCUGCAGGAAGCUGAUGAAUUCACGGGGGAUGUAGACGGCAGGUCUUUAGACGCGGAAAAAUUUCGUAAGCUGCAGGAGGAAAUACUCGAGGAAGAGGAAGUAGGAAAGAGUCAACGAAACAGUGGAGGAAAUUCACGUGAUGGUCUGUCUGAUAAUCGUGACGACAUUAAAGGCAUUCGAAAUGGUCCGGUAGGGCACGAAGACCGACUCGGAGGCAGCACUCUUAGCAGAAAUGACUUACCACCAAAUGAUCAUCUAGAAUGGAGAUGGGGGCAAAAUGAUGAUAUAACUCUAGAUGAGUCUUAUCUAGAACACAUUGGCCAGGCUGAAAACAAUGAUGAUGUAACUCUUAUAGAUGAAUCUUAUCUAGAACACAUUGGCGAGGCUGAAAACAAUGGUGCAGCGACUGCAGAUAGGCCCUCUGCACCGGAGCCAGAACUGACUUCUAUUUAUGAUGAUGAGGCAGAAGGGAGAAGGGAACAGGCUUAUGAUCCGGUAUCAGGAAGAAAUAAUGAUUUAUUUGCUCUUGCAGCACCUCAAUCUCAAUCGGAAGAAUGGAGCGAGUGGUCACAUUGCUCCAGUUCAUGUGGACACGGCACCAAGACUAGACAUCGAGCAUGCACCGGACCUAACACCAACACCUGCCUCUACGGUGUCGAGUACGAUGAUGUUAAAUGCGCACUUCCGAAGUGCUCUGACGAGUGGGAUGGAGCCGCAGUAGAGGUGGGAGAGGAGACGCCCUUGUCACAAUGGAGAGAUUGGUCUGGAUGGAGCGUGUGUUCGGUCUCCUGCGGGAGCGGUCUCAGUCACCGGGAUCGCUCCUGCCUCCAGGAUCCAGACAAGGGGCCUGGUUGCGGCACUGCGCAGCGAGAGGAGACGCGGACCUGCCGGCUAGACGAAUGCAACAAUGUCGGAGGUGGUGGUUGGAAAUCGGAAGAAGACGCUGCGAGGCGGACCGACCACGGCCAACAUCAUCACCACACCAAACGAAUCAAAUGCCAUCUGGAUGAAAGUCGGGCUCAUCUUCCCAUGGAACUUUUUUGGACCAGCCCAUCAGGCGAGAAAAUCACACAUGCGAUGACACAUGAGAAAAACUCUAAGUACCACAUAGAGGGAACCACUUUGGUUGUGACCGAGGAUGAACCAACUGAAGGGAGCUACCACUGCAUUGUCACUUAUGGUGGAAGCAGAGGCACAAAUGACAAAGGGAAAACGGACCCGAUGGGUGCUUGUCUUUCCCACCCGUGCCAUCACAAGGGUGUGUGCCUGGACCAGCCCAGUGGACAAUACAACGUCUCGUACCGCUGCAUGUGCCCGGCUGGAUAUGAGGGCAUGACAUGCCACAUGGCUCCUUAUUUGAAGGGUGACUUCAUAGUCUUUUCUUUAAUGGGUUGGUUCAUCGUAUCAGCCACUGUGAUAAUAGUCGUCAUGUACUUGGGCUGCAGUAAAAAGAUGAAGAAGCAGAACAUGAAACGAAAGUUGCAACUCGAUGAUGCUCCAGCAGAACAGCUACUAGCGAGGAUUUUGCCUCAAAUUGAAACUAUGACCUAUCCCGAUAGCGAAACUGACGAAGAUACCAAGCCACUCUUGAGCUCCCGAACGCCUCAAUUUGGCAAGGAGCUAUCAGCGGAGAAAAGUAUAACAACACCAGAGUCAACAGAGAAGCUUGAAGAAUCGGGAAUAGUGAGGUUUAAAUCCUUCGUCAAUAAGGUGACAGAAACGACUAGAAAAAAAGCUGAGGGAUUCACCUUCCCGACACUUAAGCAGAUGAAGGAGAAUAUAACAACACCCGAGUCAACAGAGGAGCUUGAACAAUCGGGAAAGGUGAGGUUUAAAUCCUUUGUCAAUAAGAUGGCAGAAACGACUAGAAACAAGGAUCAGGGAUUCACUUUCCCGACAUCUAAGCAGAUGAUGUCGUUGGCUGACGAAAUCAAAGCGCAGAGAAAUAUGAAUAAUUCAAAUACCCUGAAUUCAAGCACUAGCGAAGGACAACAUUCUGACUCAAACCCCACGCUUAGCAGUUCUUGUGAAAGUCUUUAUGAACGGGACCACGCGGAAGGGAAUGGUCGCUUGGUGAACUAUAACAUGAAUAAUGGUCACUACAGUUCUUGUGAAAGUCUUCCAGGAAAGAACAACGCUGAAGGAUGUAGUCGGCUGGUGAACAACAACAUGAAUAACUGCUCCUUGGACUACAGCAAUGUUUCAUCAUGCGCUCCGUGCAGUGACCUCAAUUCGUCAUCGAUCGUCGGGAACGACGAUGACUCCCUCAUGGAGAUGUCGACCGACGAUUUCCGUGAUUUUCAAGUCGCCAAUGCUUUUUCGGUGUUCAAAGGGUCGCCAUCGACGCGGGAAAAACAAGCAGUGAUCAACUCGUCGUUGGUGUAUGGAAAUUCAAACUCGACCCUUGUGUGUAAUUCAAAGUCGUUGCUGGACGAGAUGCCACGUGCCUCUGAAAAACAUCCCAUGUUCCACUUUGACCCCACAGCUACAAAUUUGACGGGCCCAUCUGACUGCAGUCCUGAGCGACAGAACUACGGUAAUAUCGGUUGUGGAUUAGUUACAGCUACAAGUCCGCGGCGAUGCGAACGAUGGCCAAUGCGUACGCCCCCAUCGAGAGGAAAUGGAGUUCGAGUACGACUUCCACCAUCGCCGUCGCUCUCGGUCAGCCCGUCUCGGCUGUCGCUGCCUCCAAUGGGGCAGAGAGGAUCAAGGAUGUUUGGGUCAACCGAUGAGCAUGCCAUCCUGGAACAGUAUCGUAAGCGUAGGAUGCCUCACCUUAAGCAUGUCGGGUCCCCUGUGUCUUUUGAAACGAGUCCGCAAGAAUCGCUGGAUGCUGCUAGGGACAGAACUACAUCUGGAACAUCGUUGCCAUGCUUCCAUCGUGGCCGCUCACAUGGUACUGACUCUAUUGCGGCAUGUUUCAGAGAUAGAUCGAGAACAAGCCCUAGAUCGAAGAAGCAUCAGGAGUAUCACGUUGCCACUGGGAAGUACAGUCCUACCGAUCUGACAUCGAUAGAUACUCUGACAGACGAGACACGUAGCAGACGAAGACUGCCUACAAACAGGAGUUUGUUUAGAGAACGGGCGUCUGACAGUUCGGUACUGCUCCGUGAUUCAACGAUGCAUGCCAGUCGAGAUAUGCACCAACCGUUCUUAUUGGACGAAAGUUGUACAACGUCAUCAGACUAUGUGAGCGUAGCCAAUCAGUGUUCAGCAAGCACGAAUGCUAUGACGUUUGGUUUCCCCGAAUACACUAAUACAAUGACUCGCAUGUCUUCGUCUCCAAAUAGUAACAGAUGAAGGUUUUGGACAUAAUGGCUUAUGAACUAUUAUGAACUUAUGAGCUUAUGAACUAUUUACACUAUUGUGUGCAUACGCCCCUCAUGUUUUACUAUCCGGGAUUCUGCCACGUAAAAGCUGCGUUUAAAGCCCCUCUAAAGACAGUGUUGGGAGCCCCAAAUUCGCCAAAAAGUUUGCCAUCGUUUUUUUUUAGGCUCCCAAGUCCCAACACUUUAAAAGAGUUUUAAGCACAUCUCUAAAACUUUAAAUUGAAGUCCAAAAUGAGCAAAUGAUAUGACUUGAAGUCAAUUCGCAUUUGAAAUGUUGUUGUUCUCUUCCUCCUCCUCCUUCUUCUCCUCCUCCUCCUCCUCCUCCUCCUCCUC